UUGGUUUUUAGCUCAGGACUCGUGUGCAUUGCAAGAGGCUUUUUUAGGCGCGAAUCUGGGAGGGCUGGACCUAAGGGGUCCUCUGCCACCCAGAGCCACAAAGAGACAUUUGGGACAUAGGCAUACACACGCACACGCUGACUUAAGGUGAGCACCAAAAACUUCCUCUGCACUUCGCUGUCCUCUGUUUCAAACUGCAGGAGAGUUCUGAGACCAUCUCAACUCAGGAGCUCUGCACAAGUGAAGAAGAUUCUUUUGACUAUAAAGAUGAAGAGUCUACUUUUUCUGGUGCUGAUUUCUGUCUGCUGGGCUGAACCUCACCCUGACAACUCAAGUCUGGAGCAUGAAAGAAUUAUUCACAUUCAAGCAGAAAAUGGACCCCGUCUACUUGUGGUAGCAGAGCAAGCUAAAAUCUUCUCACACCGGGGUGGUAAUGUCACACUGCCAUGUAAAUUUUACCAUGAACACACAUCAACAGCUGGCUCAGGAACCCACAAAAUCCGGGUCAAGUGGACCAAACUCACCUCAGAUUACCUCAAAGAAGUGGACGUCUUUGUUGCAAUGGGACACCACAGAAAGAGCUAUGGAAACUACCACGGCAGAGUGUUUCUGAGGGAAAGCAGCGAAAAUGAUGCCUCUCUUAUAAUCACAAAUAUAAUACUGGCGGAUUAUGGGCGAUAUAAGUGCGAGGUGAUUGAAGGAUUAGAGGAUGAUACAGCAGUGGUAGCUCUGAAUUUGGAAGGUGUUGUAUUCCCUUACUCCCCACGGCUGGGUCGUUACAACUUAAAUUUCCAUGAGGCUCAGCGAGCGUGUCUGGACCAAGACUCUGUUAUUGCCUCCUUUGACCAGCUCUACGAUGCCUGGAGGUCAGGGCUGGACUGGUGUAACGCUGGCUGGCUCAGCGACGGCUCCGUGCAGUACCCUAUCACCAAGCCCAGGGAGCCCUGCGGAGGGAAGAACACAGUGCCUGGGGUCAGGAAUUACGGGUUCUGGGAUAAAGAUAAAAGCCGAUAUGAUGUUUUCUGUUUCACUUCAAACUUCAAUGGUCGUUUUUACUACCUAAUUCACCCAACCAAGCUGACCUACGACGAAGCUGUUCAGGCGUGCUUGAAGGAUGGAGCUCAGAUCGCUAAAGUUGGCCAGAUAUUUGCCGCCUGGAAGCUCCUGGAGUACGACCGCUGCGACGCUGGCUGGCUGGCUGACGGCAGCGUGCGCUACCCAAUCUCUAGGCCAAGGAAACGCUGCAGUCCUAACGAAGCAGCAGUUCGUUUUGUAGGCUUCCCUGAUAAAAAGCACAAGCUGUAUGGUGUCUACUGUUUCAGAGCGUACAACUGAAAAUACCUAGAGCACAAAAGUUUUAAAUUCAUUAAGAACAUGUGAAAGAUUUCUUUUUGAUAUGAACUCAUGCAAGUUACCAAAACUGUGAUAAACCUUUUUUACUUACUGUAAAGAGUCAUUUUCAUAAACCCAACCUAUUAACUUUUUUGGUUUUGUUGUUUUAGUAUUUUUGUAAAAGUAUCAUUCCAUAGAUAUUUUAAAUUAAUAUAAUUUAAUGGAAGCUCUAGGUAAGGAAUUUUUAGAGCCAAAUUCUUUAAGCUACAUCAUCCCAACAAAAUAUACUUUUCAUGAAUGGGGCAUGCAAUAGAGCUUGACGAUUGCUAGGGCACAAUUAUGGAAUGUAAGGCUACUCAAAGCAGAAGCUUUUAAAAGCACAGAUUUUACAUAUUUGUAGCAGUUUGAGAAAUACUGCAAAUUAAUUAUAUCAGGAAUUUUGAAAUAAGAUAAUUUUUUUGUUAAAGGGGAUCAGUGAGGUUUUGCAAAAAAACCUCACAAAAACGUAGGUUAGAAAAUAACUGUUUUCACUGGUUUCACAUGGGAACAACACAGAGUUUAGUAAAAGCAGCUAAAACAGUCCACAAAAAUAGGACUAGUUUUACAAUUUAAAAUCUUGCCUUUCUGAAAAAUAAGCUCAUGGUCCCAUGCAUAGGAACAAGCACAAUUAAUUCUCCUGAACAUUUCAAUUGUGGGGGUUUUUGUGUAUAAAACAUUGAUGAGGGAGUGAAUAAUUAACUAAUAAGAAAGCCCUGUUUUCUUCUUAACUCCAAUUAAAGAUGCCUGAGAAGUGUUGUAUUACCUUUGAGUAGCUUUACUGAGUUAUUUUUAAACUCUUAAAGGCCGUUUGCUAAGCAGCAUAUAGCAUCUACUCAGGGCAGUUGUAUAAAUGAACUGCUGGACAGAGAAAUUGUAAACUUUAGCAGCUUGAUUUUACAUUAGCCUUUGAAAUGUUAUUGUCUUAAUGAAAGAACAUUACAAUAUUUAAUAUUUCUUACCUAUUUACAUAUCACAAGAAACAAAAAUUAGAAAAAAAUCAUUAAAAUUAUGAAGUCUUAGGACAAGAUUAUUAAAUAAAAUCUGAAACCAGCUAUUAAGGUUUAGAAGAUAAAAAAACACUUCCUUACAUCUUAUUUGUAUCUAAAAAGUACAUCUGUUUUUUAAACUAUCAGUGAAAAAUAGUAUCACUAGCCCUGAAUUAUUUAGUUAAUCCUCCUUAGAUUUAACAGAAAAUAACUAUUGAAAUACUUCUUUCCACUAAAUCUGCAGUGGUCUAGGUGGAAGAUGUUUACCUAUAUCUGCCAGCGUCAGAGAAAAACAUGCACUGUGCAUGGUGCCUAGGAUUUUCAGAGCUGCCUAAAGCACCAGGUCCUCCCUAAAUACCAAUUUGAGGGAAUUUGGAUUUCUGAUGCAAACUUAUUUUGGAUGCAGCAAUUCUUGGUGCUCAUCUUCAGAUACCUUAAUGCAACCAGUUUUUCAGAGAGUGGGUGCUCAAGGCUUUCUGAAUAUUUACUCUGCUUAUGGUGUCUCAAGCUGGAUAUCCAAAAAACAGAAAGGCCUGAUUAAAAAGAGGACUGAUUAAAAAUAUCUUGGUCUUGAGUAAUCUCUUAGGCAGUUCUGACAUUCUCUACCCAGUAUUAGUUCUACCAGUUAAAAAUGGAGAACUCUUUUUCCUACUCUAUGCUUGCUGACUAUGAAGAUUUCAGAGGACCAAUAUUUGUAUUACGCAAAGUUUUAUAGCUUCCCAUUUUUUCAAAAUCUAAAUGAGAUAUAGCGGUAUUUAUCCAACUAGGACACAACUGGUAUACUUUCAUGGUUUGGUGUAGUUAUUUUCCCAUGGACAUGAGUAAAUAAAUCUCUUUCCUGGAGUGGUUGUGGUCCUGUUUUAAAACUCUGUGAACAAACCAGGAGCAAUGUAUGGUAGGAUUGUAGUGGAAAGAUACCAUAGUGCAAGAGGUAUUUUGUUGGAGUUCAUUCCCGUCAGGCUCAGAGGCAAAUUUCCAUCCUUCUGAGGAUAUUUGCAUCCACUGUGGAUAUUUGCUCAUACUAUACAGAUGAAGCAAUCUCAGUACCAACCACCCCCCACCCCCCCCCCUUUUUAAUCCACUAGGAGUUGGAUUUUCUUGAAAUUCUAUCACUUAGCUAUAAAUAGAGACUUAUUACAGGUCAAGCCCGUAAACCCAUGUAAUCAUUUCCCAACAGCCAUUUUUUAAAUCAGUGUCCAUUUCACACAUUUUCUCAGGCCAUUCAGAACCUUUUCUGAACCCUUUGGAGAAAAAAUGGAAAUGGAAAAAGAAAUGGAAAAUAUCCGUAGAGGAUAAGGAAUAGUGUAUGCAAGACUGGACCAUGACCAAGAGGAAUACAUGUUAUUCCCCCAUCCAACCUUCAGAAACAUGGAAAAAAAGAUGCUAUUUCAUAGUCUUUUCUGAAGCUUGGACAGGGAGGUUGUGGGAUGGGAAAAGCUAUAGGGAAUAUCCCAGUUGUUAUCCCAGCUAGAUCCAGAGUUGCUGUAAAGAGGGAAGCCUUUUAUGCAGCUGGCUCUAUCCUCCCCAAAGAUCUGCUAGAUCUGGAGGAGGCUGCAUGGUUUUUCUAUUGCACAGAGGUGAAGAGACCCUCAUGAAUUUUUUUUUUUUUUUUUUUUUACCUCUCCAGGGAAACCCUUCACAGGGUUUCACCCAGACACAUCUUUUUUUGCAGGACUGGGGAUUAUAUUUUGCCUGCAUAAAAAAUGUACACAUCCAACCCACUCGUGGGGCUGGCUAAAGUGCCCUCACUGCUAGACCAAAGGCACUGCGGGAAAGGCAAAUUCAGCCUUUCACCAACUUUGCAACGCUCUGGAGAUGGCUGGUCAGGUCCUAACUCACAGCAAUCUCAGGCUUGCGCUAGCUUAUGCCUUCUGUGUUCUUAUCUCCGGGCUGCCGCUGUGACAGCCCAAGCGUAGCAUCCCCCCAACCGACCCCUGCUUUGUGCAUCACCCAUACCCCAGGCCGGUGGCUGAGCAGGCUCUGCACCACCCAGGUGAUCCCUCAGCUCCAGGGAAAGCCCCUGGGCUCCCAGCUUGGCAGCACGAAGAAGCCACAGGGCAACAAAGAAUUAGGUCUCCAGAGAGACGCUGAGCUGGCAUACGAUCACAGAUGGCCAAAUGUAUCAUUCAGUUAUGCCUGUAAGUUCGCAUUGAAGAUAUUGCUUGCUAGGAAUCAUAUGUUCAUGUAACGGAGUCACAGUAUGUGAAUUUACAUUUGUCGUGUUACUUAUGAAGAGCCCAGUAGUCUAAUUUGGGAUCAGGCUAGAUGUAGAUCUGUGUAUUGAUAUACAACAUUAUGUAUUAUUAUAACAGAUACAGUUAAUUGGAUAGUUUGAUGAAAAUAUGUUUGUAUGAAAAAAUAAUUAGUUCUAAUGUAAGCAGGUAUAAAAACCAUUAAAAGUGUAUAAUUACCUGAGACAUGGGCACAAAUAGACAAAAAGACACGAAUUAUAUUUAUUUUUACAGCUACUGACUCCAUUUUCUUUUAUAAUGUCAAAUGUCAGGAUGUUUUCUUAUCUUCAACUAAGCUAGCUAGGUGCUUGGAUAAAAACUUUAAAAAGCAGCUUAAGAACUGGAUAAAAGUCUGUGCUAUUUUCUGUUCAUGAGAGAAUAUUCUAUCAUUAGCGUCAAUUAAUGUUCUCUGUCACUAUCUUGUAUUUCACAAUGUAUCUGAAUUUUAAUGCCCAUGAAUUGACAACAAUUAAAUCAUGUUGUUCUUUUCAGUAUGAUGAUUUCUCCUUAUUGACUGGCCAUUCUUCUACUUCUCUCCCAGAAAACACAAAAAGGAAAGGAAUAGUUCAAAGUAUGAAAAUACUUACUUUGCCAUAGUAAACAAAGUGAUUACAAGACUAAGGGGAAAAAAAAAAAAAAAGACUACUCUGUGAAUAUGUUUUACAAUUAAAAUAAAGAAAACUGUAUUCCAAAGCCUUUGUUUUACGCUUCUUUGAAGCAUUUUGAAAGUAGAAAUGCAAGUACCAAUUUCUUC